AUGGGCCUUAUCUGCUCUGCUAUAUUGUGUACCAGCCCGUCACCUAUGGAGGCUACUGAUGUCAGUAUAACAACAGAUCCCAACACUCAAACAGAGAGAUUAGAAUAUUUGCCAAUUCAAAAUAGGGUGAUUAAAAAAAUAUUAAAGUACAACUUCACCGUAUGCAUAUCCAACCUCUUUGGAGACUUCAAUAAUGCCCUCCAGGUUGUGCAGACCUUCGAGGUCUACAAGCUGCUAGGCGUUCAGCGAGUGGUCAUCUACAACACCAGCUGUGGCCCAGAUGUGGAUAAAGUUCUCAGGCAUUAUGAAACAUACCCUUGGCCAAUAGACAAGUUCCUAAAACCCUCUAGAGGCUUUCAGCCAUACAGGGACCCUGGGGACGUCCACUACUACGGACAGACCACAACUCUAAAUGACUGCCUGUACAGAUACAUGUAUGAGUCACGAUACCUUCUCCUCAAUGACAUGGAUGAGAUCAUUAUGCCUUACAAACACACUAGCUUGGGAGAAUUAAUGGCUGCCCUACAGAAGCAGCACCCUGCCGUGGGGGUGUUCAUGUUCGAUAACCGCGUUUAUACCAGGAGCAAGUCGGAUGGCAGCGGUCGCUUUGACCUGUCUGAAUGGAAGAGUGUGCCUGGUGCAAACAUCUUGCAGCACAUUUACAAUCAACCCUACGUUGACACAUUCAAGCAAAACAAGAUGAUCAUUGACCCCCGCCGUGUAGAGCAGACAUCUGUACACAAACCACUGAGGCCUGCUACGCCCUACAUCUAUGUACCAUUUCACGUCUGCCACUUAAUCCACGUCUGCUUUGGAAGAAAAGACAUCCGCUUCAAGAAGGAGCUGUACGAGGACAAGAAGCUUUGGGACUUUGCAGAGAAGCUGAUUCCCAGUAUCAGUCAUGCACUAUACAAGUCAGGCUUGAUAGAUAGACCCCAGAUAAACAAACCAGCUCUUCCACCAAAGGGUCUGCGAUUGCAUGAACAGACUUGA